CAAAACAGUGAUAGACACUUGGCUCACCAGCUAUCACUUGACAUUUACUUUUGAGAAUUAUAACAACAAAAUGUGUAAAGGACUUGCUGCAUUGCCUGCAACAUGCUUGAGAAGUGCAAAAGAUAUGAAGCACCGUCUUGGCGUCUUUUUACAAAAGCCAGAAUCUGUAUGUGAUCCAAACAGCAACAGCAAAAAGGAACAAGCAGCUGGUGCAAAGAAGGUCAGUGCUGAAGAAGUCCAGAAAUGGGGUGAAUCCUUAGAAAUCCUGAUAAAUAAAGAGGAUGGCCUGACAGCUUUUGUCACUUUCCUGAAGUCUGAGUUCAGUGAGGAGAAUAUAGAGUUCUGGAUGGCCUGUGAAGAUUAUAAGAAAAUUAAUUUGCCAGCCAAACUGGCCCCGACGGCAAAGAGUAUUUAUGAACAAUACAUUGCAGUUCAGUCUCCCAAAGAAGUCAACCUUGAUUCUUCAACGAGAGAGGAGACCAGCAGAAACCUUUUAGAACCCACAACUGCAUGCUUUGAUGAGGCUCAAAGGAAGAUCUUUCUGUUGAUGGAAAAGGACUCGUACCAAAGGUUCUUGAAAUCUAAGAUCUAUCAGGACAUGAUACAGCAGACCAACAGCAGCAGUUUUGGGACCCAGAAGAGAGGAAAUAAUAAGGCCACUGAAUUCAACCAGCAAUUUCCCCAGUGUGCAUAAAAACUUUCUCUAAUAGAGCUUCAGUGUACAUUACGUUGCUCCAUAGCCAAACACAGUCAUCUGAAAAUGAGGAAUCUGAGCUGUCAAGUUAAUCAAGCAAAGACCAAUAAUAUUAACCUAACUAUGGGGAAAAAAAAAAAUAAAAUAUAUAAGACCACCCCCAUUCACUCUUAUUGGAAAUAUCCAGGCCUUUUUGCUUGGAUUUUCCUAAUUCAGCUCAGAGAAUCCUUUGUAAAGCUUUGCUAUUGCAUUUUUCAAUUGGGGUACGACUGAAUCUAGAACAAUUCACUGAUGCUGUUAAUAACUUCAGGAAACCCUGAAGUUAUUAACAGGUAUAGACCCAAGCCUGUUUAAUCCAACCAGUUCACAAAUGUAAAACUUUGUGCAUAUACCAGCUGGUGCUCUGAUGAAACUUGUUUGUCAAAGCUUACAUUCUUUAUUUUAUUUAUUGUUUUAUAUAAUGUCUUGUACUGCUGUCAAGAGACCCAUUAGAUGCUGUGAUGUACUGUGUAAGUUAUUUAUGUAUAAAUGUGAAAACAAAACUUGUACUUUAAUGAAACUGUUUCUGUCAUGCAUUAUAUAUGUUAUAUGGAACUUGUGUAUCAAAUUACCUGUUCUUUGUACUGAAGCUCAUCUUUGUCUGAGCAUGUACAAAAUAUUGAAUGCUGUAACUAGUAUUUAUCCUGUUUGCUGUACAGUGGGCAACAUGUGCUGUAAGAAUUGUUUUAUUUAUGUUAUUCAUCACUAAGUUAUGGUUUCAUCUUGCAUCAUAGUGGAUUCUGUUUUUAUUGCAGAUGUAUUUUUAUAUUUUGAUAAAGUUUUAUGUUGCAGUUCUGCCUUUUUAAAAGCACUUUUAAGAAUAAACAUUUGCCAUUACAAAUUAUAGACCUUUCAAAACAAAACAAUUCCCUACCCCCCCCUCCCCCAGGUAUGGAUUUAACAUGCACAAGUUAAAGCUGCUUAACAAGAGGUAGAACAUUUUACAGUACGACUUGUAAAAUUGAAAUGUCAUUGAGAGGUGACGGUUUACAGCUCAAAACUGCCAUUAUAGGAUUUUGUGCAACAGAACUGCCGUCAUUACCUUAAUUACCAUGACCUCCUCACAAGGUCUGUUUGUUAUCCUGAUAGAGAUGUCAUGCUACUUUACUCUGCUGUGUUUCACAAGCCCUCUGUGUUGAAUUGUAAGAGUAUUGUGCUUAAAUGUUAGUCCACGAAUGAACCUUUCCAAAUGUACAAAUUCCUAGCGCUUGACUGCCAUUCUGACUGUACGUAGGGCUAAACUUAAUUACAAUCUGUUACGAAAUAAAAUGAUGUUUUUCUAA